AUGAGUUUCAACAAAUUUAACGAGAAAAAAAGAUACUUUAAUAUGCAUGGGGAAAAUACAAACUCAGGAAACAUCAACUCUCAAAUACCUCCACCACCCCCAAAUCCACAAAAUGAUAAUUCCCUCCUUAUACCUCAAAAUCCUUUUGCUAAAAAACCAGGAUAUUCUCACAAUAUGAACAGAUAUAAUUAUAGAAAUAAUAAUAAUAAAAGAUAUAUAAAAAAAAAAAAACAUUUUCAUAAUUUUCCAAAAAAUUCAAAUAAUGAAUGUAUUCAUCUUAAGGAAGCAUUAGUAAACCCAUGGCUCCAUUUAUAUAAAAAACAUCCAGACUUUAAUUUUGCUUAA